GUAUCGUGUCCCUGGUGUCCCUGUCCAUCCUGUCCUACGAGCGCUACAACACGGUGCUGCACUCCUCCCAGGUGGACGUGUCAGACUUCAGGAAGGCCUGGCUCUGCGUGGGGGGCACCUGGCUGUACUCGCUCCUUUGGACGCUGCCCCCCUUCCUGGGUUGGAGCAGCUACGGGCUGGAGGGUCCCGGCACCACCUGCUCAGUCCAGUGGCACCUGCGCUCGCCCACCAGUGUGUCGUACGUGUUGUGUCUCUUCUUCUUCUGCUUGAUGCUGCCCCUCCUGCUCAUGGUCUACUCUUAUGGACGAAUCCUGGUCACAGUUAGGAAGGUGGGUAAGUUCCACCUCCUGGCAGCUCAGCGCAGAGAGCAGCACAUCCUGCUGAUGGUGCUGUCCAUGGUGUCUUGUUACAUGGUGUGCUGGAUGCCCUAUGGCAUCGUGGCGCUGAUGGCCACCUUUGGACGAUCCGGUCUGAUCACUCCCGUGGCCAGCGUGGUGCCGUCCAUCCUGGCCAAAUUCAGCACAGUCGUCAACCCGAUUAUCUACGUGUUCUUCAACAACCAGUUUUACAGAUGCUUUGUGGCCUUCAUAAAAUGCAACAAAGAACCACACCCUGUUCAAGGAGAGGAGCACCCAGCUCCAAAACCACAGCUGUCAGAUGCCUUCCCCAUUCGCAGACAAGCCUCCUCCAGCUCCUCACAGCCUCAUUUCCUCAGCAGCAGCAGAAACAGCASGCCCUGCAGCCGCCACAAGGACAGAAACGUCCUGUUUGUCCACUACACACCAUAAAAACKUCAGCUUUAUUCGGACCAGAAGAUGUCUUCUUGGUUGUCUGGAGUCUAAAGCGUAACUAAAAWAAAUAUUURUUUGCAUUUUUUUUCCUCCAAAGAUUUUCCCUUAAUGUUUUGGCAGAUUACUGUUAUCUUUUGUUAAAAACUUUAAUGCAAACCAAAGCUUGGUUCUGCUUUAAAGCGCAUCCAUUUUCAGACGUUUUUGACUGAAAGUGAAUCCGUCCUGCAGAAAUGUUARAUUCAGCAGUUGAAGCUGCUCUUUAAAAAAGAACAAAAGGCUGCAGGACCGACCAAACUUAAGACAGCUGCAAUAAGUUUCCUCAAAUACAAAUAUAUUUUUACGUUUAUUUAAUUGAAUUUUUUUAUAUUUUUGUCCUAAACUGUUAAGCACUCUGUGCAACUCCUAACAAAACAAAGCACAUUCAACUGUGUGUGUGUGUGUGUGUGUGUGUGUGUGUGUGUGUGUGUGUGUGUGUGUGUGUGUGUGUGUGUGUGUGUGUGUGUGUAAAAAAUAAAAUAACUACUUCAUUAGAAAAUGGGUUUGCAGCAAUUCAAAUAAAAUUCCAGCCUCAUUUUCCUAGUUCUGUUGUCUUUUGGUCUCAAGGUUUUUGUUUUCUAAAUGCAACUCUCUGCAGCAGUUAAAAACGUAACCACAUUAAGAACUUUCGCUUUAGCCUGACUUUUGCCACCACAGCCAAGCAUAAUACCUUCUGUGGUAAAAGUGAAACCAGCCAAGACCAAGGAGUAGUUAUCUACAGAAACAAACUUAUUUGCAUUCAGCAAACUUGCAACAAAACUUGAGAAAUCUGAAGCUUAGUCAUCGCAUUUUGUCAUCCACUUAAACUAAAUAAUGCCAAAUGUCAAAUAAAGGUGUAAAAYGUG